AGAAAGUUGACGGACACUAGCUUCCUAUCAUGCGCCAUUGAAAAUAAACGUAGCCCACACGGCAGCGGCUAGUUUCUUUCAUUUCUCUAGCAGUCGGUCAGUGGGCCUGUUUUACUCCGAAAUAAAGGUCCGACACUCUCUGAGACGAUGGAGACUAUCUUAGAGCAGCAGCGUCGCUACCACGAGGAGAAGGAGAGGCUCAUGGAUGCUAAAACUAAAGAAAUGUUACAUAAGAAGUCAACGCUGCGGGAACAGAUCAACUCUGACCAUCGAACAAGAGCCAUGUUGGAUAGGUUUAUGGAAGUGAGCUCAAAUCUCAGAGACUCCUACGAAGAUAAAGAUGGAAUGAGGAAGGAUGAGCUCGCUGCCAUCUCAGGACCAAAUGAGUUUGCAGAGUUCUACAACAGACUGAAGCAGAUAAAGGAAUUUCACAGAAAGCAUCCGAAUGAGAUUUCCAUUCCCAUGUCCGUUGAGUUCGAAGAGCUGAUGAAGGCCAGAGACAACCCCAGCGAGGAGGCUCAGAACCUGGUGGAGUUCACAGACGAGGAAGGAUACGGCCGUUACCUCGAUCUCCACGACUGCUACUUGAAGUACAUCAACUUGAAGGGAGCUGAGAAACCCGAGUAUAUCGCGUACCUGUCUGCGUUCGACCAGCUCUUUGACAUCCCCAAGGACAGGAAAAAUGCUGAAUACAAAAAGUAUCUAGAGAUGCUGCUGGAAUACCUGCAGGACUACACAGACAGAGUCAAACCCUUGCUGGACCAGAACGAGCUGUACGGCAAAGUGCUGUUGGACUUUGAGAAGAAGUGGGAGAAUGGAACCUUCCCAGGCUGGCCUAAAGAGACCAGUAGUGCCAUGACACACGCUGGAGCUCAUCUGGACCUUUCAGCCUUUUCUUCUUGGGAGGAGUUGGCCUCUUUGGGUUUGGACAGAUUGAAAUCUGCUCUCAUGGCGCUGGGACUGAAGUGUGGAGGAACUCUGGAGGAGAGAGCUCAGAGACUGUUCAGCACUAAAGGCAAAUCCCUGGAAUCACUGGACCCUUCACUGUUCGCUAAGAAUCCCAAAGCCAAAGGGCCCAAAAAAGACACAGAGCGAAACAAGGAGAUCGCUUUCCUGGAGGCUCAAGUAUAUGAAUAUGUGGAGAUCCUCGGGGAGCAGAGGCAGCUGACUCAUGAGAACGUGCAGAGGAAGCAGGCCAGGACUGGAGAGGAGCGAGAGGAAGAGGAGGACGAGCAGCUCAGUGACAGCGAGAGCGAAGACGAUGACAAUGAAAUCAUCUACAACCCUAAGAACCUGCCACUGGGCUGGGACGGCAAGCCAAUUCCAUACUGGCUCUAUAAACUCCACGGGCUGAACAUCAACUACAACUGUGAGAUCUGUGGAAACUACACCUACAGAGGACCCAAAGCCUUCCAGAGACACUUUGCGGAAUGGAGGCACGCUCAUGGUAUGCGCUGUCUCGGGAUCCCCAACACCGCUCACUUCGCCAACGUCACUCAGAUCGAGGACGCCGUCUCUCUUUGGGCAAAACUGAAGUCCCAGAAGGCAUUAGAGCGGUGGCAGCCAGACACAGAGGAGGAGUAUGAGGACUCAAUUGGAAAUGUGGUGAACAAGAAGACCUACGAGGAUCUGAAGAGACAAGGGUUGUUGUAGAGAAGCACAGAGGGAAUCAAAAGAGCAUCCUCUAUAACUUGCGCGACUUUUUACCAUCGAUUUGUUUUUAUUUGUAAGUAAUAAUGUUGUUUUACAGACUUGUGUCCCAUCCGUCAUUCCUCCAUUUGAUAACUUUGUAAUGUGGCAACCGUUGACUAUUAUAAUAAACUCAGUACUUUA